CUAGUAUAUACUUAUGGCUGGCAAUAUGUUUCCUCUAGCAGUGCACCGUACGGUCGCACAUCGCGGUGUUUAUAAAUGUUUUUCCUAUUAAGAGCAUCGGAGACGAGUAAUAUUGAUAGUGUAUUCAUUAACCAUGAGAGGUCCUUCUCAGUGUCCAUUUUUUAACAAAAUUUCGCAUUUAAACGUUGAUUGACGAUCUCUUUAGUCCCUACAUAUCUAUCAGAAAGAAAAAUUCUCUCUGUUUUUAAUAUUCUCUAAUCUCUAGUGACUAGUGCAGUAAUAAUAUACGUUAAAAGGAUUUUGCUAAUUCUGUGAUAUGGCGAAACAUCAUCCAGAUUUAAUUUUCUGUAGAAAACAACCGGGAGUUGCAAUAGGGAGGUUAUGCGAGAAAUGUGACGGUAAAUGUGUAAUUUGUGAUUCUUAUGUAAGACCUUGUACUCUGGUUCGGAUUUGUGAUGAAUGCAAUUAUGGGUCUUAUCAAGGCAGAUGUGUUAUCUGUGGUGGACCUGGUGUGUCUGAUGCCUAUUAUUGCAAAGAAUGUACAAUCCAAGAGAAAGAUCGUGAUGGUUGUCCAAAGAUUGUAAAUCUUGGGAGUUCAAAGACUGAUCUAUUUUAUGAAAGGAAAAAAUAUGGGUUCAAAAGAAGAUAAGGACUGGUACCAACAAUUUUUGACGUGUACAAAAUGUUUCUAAUAAUUGCAAAUAAACAACUUUUUUUUAUGAAAUUGUAAUAAUUUCUAUUUUUUAAUUUAAAAACUCAAUUUCAAAUUGGCGAUCAUAGAAUCCUUUUGUUACAGAAUGUGUGUACGAAUUAACAUUUUUGUAAGUUGUAAAGAAACUUAAAAUGGAGAAAUAAAUUGUAAUCGUGCGUAGAGAA